UAUUUGGUAUGUAUCACAUUACAGUGUAUCUGAGCUGUCUGCUGGCUCAUUAUGCUGUCACGUCUCAGCCACAUCAAACACUUUAACCAUGUCACGUGUUGCUGUUCGUAAUCAUACUGGAUGAUGUGGGUGAAAACACAUGCACGCUUCAACUCUAGAGUUAGGUAGAACUCAGGUGAACAUUGUCUAAGAGUCACUGAGCAUGUCUGCAGUUUGGUUCCAUCUCAUAACCACCUUCUGUCUGUACAGCACAGGUCUGUGUCAAUCAGAAAGCAGUGGAGUACAAUGGAAAAAUGUCGGAGAAUCCAUCACCAUCCAGUGCAGGUCUUCAGAAGCAGACAUGGAUGCUGCAGGUUUAACAAAGGGUCUCAACAAGGACACCGAAAUAGCCUUCAAAUAUAAAAACUCUCCCAAAAUUACCAUUGCUCCACCAUUUAGGAACAGACUUCAGCUUGGUUCAGAGUUCCCCAACAUGGACUUUCUCCUCUCAAACUUGACUUCUGCUGACACUGGGCCGUACUGGUGUGAGUACCAGAAGAUUGACUCAAAGUCUCCCACUGGGCUCAAAAACGUGGCGGGGACGGGGUCUGUGCUCCUGGUGGUCACAGACAAUACGGUUCAAACGGGUAAAAGCGUCACACCUGGAGACUGUGAGCAACCCAAUAACAGCCUGGUUGUGACGUCUGUUGUGAUCUCUGCCGCCGUGCUGCUCGGUCUCAUUUUGGUCAUCGUAGCGUUUAUCAAGACCAAGGCCCUGUGCUCCACGUCCAAACCAACUCCUGUCCCCCAUAAUGAUGUUUAUGAGGAUAUGCGUGGAACCAUCAGACGCUGAAGAACACCACAGACUCUCAGCAGCACUGAACGACAAGUGAUGCAUGUGGAUCACUGACCUACAUCUACAUCAACAUCUACAUCUUAGGUAGGCUCUGCAUCAAGAGUGUUUGUCAGCAGGAAGUAUUUUAAGACAGUAAGAUGGAUGAAUCACAAAGUGGAGGACGGGAACAAAUCCAGCACCAUCAUUUGUUUAAAAACUG